AUGCUUCGCAAACUUUUUAGUCGUAACGGUGACAAUACGAUCCACGCUGACAAUGAUGAUGCACGUACACUUUAUCAUUGCGAUUGCUGUACUCAACAACAACCACAACAACAACCAAGACAAGUGAUCGUCGUGGCUUCUCCUGAGGCUGUGGCACGCCAUUUACAAGACCCUAUGCGGAUGGGCCGUGUACCUGAUGUCCUCGGCAGCUUUGUUGAUCCCAUGGGUGGCCGUGCAAGCCAUUCUGUUGGUCAAGAUCCUACUUGUACAGGUGCUUAA